CAACAUACAUCAGAAAAUGCGUGCAGUUACAUCCAUCACUAUCUAUAAGUGCUCCUACAAAUGAUGUAACAGCAGGUGGCCAUUAUCCGGUGAAUGCAUUCCAUUUCUUUCACUGAUUAGAGCAUCAAGAUGGGGAAGAGCUGCAAGGUCGUGGUGUGUGGCCAGGCCUCCGUUGGAAAAACGUCCAUCCUGGAGCAGCUCCUUUAUGGGAACCAUGUGGUUGGUUCAGAGAUGAUAGAGACCCAGGAGGACAUCUACGUGGGCUCCAUCGAGACAGACCGUGGGGUGCGUGAGCAAGUGCGCUUCUAUGACACCAGGGGCCUGCGGGAUGGCUUGGAGCUGCCCAAGCACUGCUUCUCCUGCACUGACGGCUACGUGCUGGUGUAUAGCACUGACAACAAGGAGUCCUUCAAGAGGGUGGAGCUGCUUAAGAAGGAGAUCGACAAAUCCAAAGAUAAGAAGGAGGUCACUAUCGUGGUUCUGGGCAACAAGUGUGACCUACAAGAGCAGCGGCGCGUGGACCACGACGUGGCCCAGCACUGGGCCAAGGGUGAGAAGGUGAAGCUGUGGGAGGUCUCCGUGGCAGACCGCCGGACACUGAUUGAGCCAUUCAUCUACCUGGCCAGCAAGAUGACGCAACCACAGAGCAAGUCCGCCUUUCCGCUGAGCCGCAAGAACAAGGGUAGCGGCUCCAUGGACAGCUGAGGGCCUGGCCUGCCCCCAGCCCCUUCACCUCAUCCCCACCUUGCACCCACCUUUUCUUUUGCUUACUCGGUGCCUGGGUAGUCAGCAGGUGCUGAGCUCCCAGUGGGAAGUGGGACCAUGCUCUGCACCUGACUGCACUGGCUGGCAUGGAGUGGUCCAGGGCCGGUCCCUGGGGAGGGGUGGGGAAUGCCUGGCCCAUACGCUGCGAGCUGGGGGGAGAGAGCAGCUCUGUUCACUGUUCAGGUCCUGUAGGUGUUUGAGCUGCUUCCUGGUUGAGCCUGGCUUUGCACAGACCCUCCCUGCAGGACCUCCUUGUUCAGGCUUUGUCUCCCAAAGGCUGGGCAGACCUGGGGGACUCUGCCUGAGCAUGGGUGGGGCAUGUGGGUCCUGCCAAAAGCUGCACCUUAUAAUGGGCUGUUACCUCUGAGUCAGUAUCCAUGCAGUACAGAGCUGGCUGGCAGCAGGGUCCAGGCUCUCUUCUGUCUUCUGAUUCUUUCCUUGAGGCAGUCACUGGAGAGGUUGCUCAGCUACCAGGUAAGCUUAGAUCCUGAUCUAGACCCCACAGCACAAAGGCUGAGCUGGAUGCAGGGUUUGCAGGAGGUAUUCACCCUCCAGGCCUCCCUGCUCACCCACAGGCAGCAGCAACUGCCCUGUCUCUGCAGCACGGUGCCCUGGGAGCAUGGAGCUCUGUCAGCAGAGGGCACUGAAGCCUUCUGUCCUUGCAAGGGCAUUGCUGCUGCACUGAACAACCUGGGGAGCUUGAGCUGUCUUGGGGUCCCUGCUAAGUUUGGACUGUCAGCCUAGACCCCCACCCCUUUGCACCUUCUUCAGAACAGCCUCAGAAUGGGCUGAAGGGAGCACAGAUUUCACUUCAUUAGGCCUGUCAGUGCCUGGCCACAGUAGAGAGGCUGCAAAACAGCCUCAACCGCCUGUCUCUCCCCCUGCUGUGAUAUCAUUUUGAUAGCCAAUCCCUCAGCAGAGAUCAGCAGGAGCAGCAGUUGAACCCAGUACUUCCACUAUGCAAAUGGAAGAACCCAGCAACCUCUGCUCAGUGCCUCAGCCCCUCCACAUGUCCCAGGUGCUAGAUGUAUGCUGCUUGCUCAGCUGCUUGAGGUGGGGUACUGUUGCAUUGGAUUUGAGGCAGCUGUAGCUCACAUCAACUGCGCUGAAGGGGAACAGUGAGCCCAGGGGAGGCAGAUUUCCUCCUUUCAGUGCGCUUAGGUGGUCACCCUUUUGGGGGAAGUAGUGCAGGGGAGGCUCCACUGAGACCAGUCAUGUCCUCAGUGAGUUAAGAACUGAGAGGUUAGUGUUACACGCUCCUUUAGCCUCUCUGACCAGAUAUUUGAGGCCACGGCCACAGCUGGGGUCACCAUGGUAUCCUUGAAUAGCUCUGCACCCCAGCCCAGCCCUGUUAGGCCAUUUCCUAGAGCCAGGGAAAUUGGGCCAGUGCUUUAUUUCUCAUGGCAUUAUUUACUAUUGUCAGAGGUACCAGGAUCCCCUCUCUCCUGCUGCUUGCAGGGGGGUGGGGGGUGGAAGAGGCUGCUGAGCCAUGUAGCUGGGUAGCUUUGGCUCUGGAUGACCAGUUGUGCCCCUUAAGAGGGGCACAAUGAGCUCAGCUCUUCAGAGAAGCCAGCCACUGUUAGGUCCAGUGACCAGGUGUUGCCUUGGCCUUAUGGAAAUGUCACCUUUAACCCUUUGGGGACUGCAGUGCUCCAGGGCUGUCAGGCUAUAACUGUCUGCUGCUGGCAAGACUAGUGGCAGGAAGCCAUUUUCUACAAGGGAGAGAAGGGCAUCUGAUCUAUUUGCCCCAAGGGCUCAGCUAAGGUCAGGGGUAAUUUGUUUGACUGCAUUGCCUCUUCAGCUAUAGCCAGCUUUGCAGGCACCACCUGUUCACUUGGGAUUUUUGCUGGGCUGGAACUAAAAGGGUUAACUCACCAAAGCCCCACUUGGCUGCAGCUCCACCCCUAACCAGGCUCUGGCAGAGACACUGAUUUGAGGGCAAAAGCAGGGUCCAGUUGGAGCACUGAUCAGCCGGAGCUGGAUUGGCUGCAGCCUGUGUCCAAGAUGGCAUAGGGCCCUGAAGGCCAGUGGGCUCCACAGCUUGAUUUGUGAGGGAGUGAGGGUCAUGGGACUGCCUGCUGCCAAGGUAGGGAAGCAUGAAGGGAUGGACUAUGAAGCCUUUGUGGAACAACCCUUAGGCUCCUUCAUGUAUGUACAAUAAGGUCCCUCAAGCUGGCUGUGGGCAUCAGUGUAUGCUGAGUGCUGUUUCAACACAAAACAAGUGAGCCAGUGAGCUCGCAGACUAACCAGGGAGGGAUGCACCCACCCUAGGCCACACAUCUGAGUCAACAACAUAACAAGGAUCUCUCAUGUCCUCGGUGCACAUCCUGACCCACGCCACCAUGCUCCCUCCCGUGGCCUUUGGCCAGCUGAGUAAAGUCUUCGCUGCUCCGAGCCACUGGGGAUGGGCUAUUCCACACCCUCUGAUAUCUACACCAUGAUGGGCCUGAAACUUGGGCAGGGCACCUAUUCUUGCCACUGACAUCCUCUCUGUACCCACUGGCCAGUUUCCCAAAUGAAGGCACAGGGAGAGCCAGGCUCAGUUAUACUUGUUCCUUUUAUUUACUGAGUAACACAAUAAAGCGAUGAGAUUUGAUUAUCAAAA